AGCCUGUGCCGGGGGAGCCAUUUUCCCCGGGGCCUUAAAACCAAUCCGUGUUCGUUACUGUGAGGGGUCUCUGGAGGCACCAUAGGAGGCGUCUUUUAAUUCUACUGAUUUACUAAUUUACUAGUUUUGGAAAACAGUCACUGAUUAGGAAAUGAGAAGUUGUCAGUUAAUGAAGCCAAGGGUUCAUGCUGCCACCCACAGCCAGCAUCUCUGCACGAUGAGGCCACUACAGGGAACACGCGUUGGGUUGACUAAACAUAUUACACGUCUAACAUGUAUCAGCUUUAUAUAUUGGGGGGCAAGACAAAGCUUUAUCAUUGAGCGACUUAAACCAGCAGAGAAUGUUCCAGUGUUCCCUCCAACAAGACUGUGGUCGCUAAGUGUUGCACGUAAAGCAUGUAUAGUCUAGGAACGAACAGCACAUUCCAGUAGUCGCUGAGACAGAUCUCCAGGUCCUGAAAGCCUCAGGUAUGUUAUCUAUGAGAAGUACAGAUGACCUCCUGAAGAGGAAGAACAUUCGAGUAUUUUCUGGUGCUGUGGGGAAAUGGGAGAGGCUCGUGUGCGAACGUGAGGACCAUGAUCAGAGCCUCAGGCUGUAGGUCAGUGGUUCUCAGACAUCGGGGAGCAUCAGCAUCACCUAGUAGGCUUGUUAAGGCAGAGUGCCGGACCCCACCCCCAGACUUUUCUGAUUUCACAGAUCUUGGGUGAGGCUCAAGGUUUGCAUUUUUACUAAGUUCUCAGGAGAUGCUUUUGCUGCUGCUGCUGUGGGAACCACACUUUGUGAACCACUGCUCAAGAAGAAUCUUGGGGGCUGGGCACACUGACUUAUUCUUUAUGCACUUUUUCAAAAUUCAUCUGAGAAGUUAAAGUUUUGGUAACUUAUCACCAAGGCUACCUUCUUUUCAUCUGCCUCAUCCAUGUUAUUUCCGAGCUUGUAACUCAGCUGUAGACAUCUCCUUCCAUAUGCUUUAGCUGGUGGUUCUCAGCUGGGGGCGGUUUUGCCCCCUUCCCCCAAGAACAUUUUGUAAUGUCUGAAAACAUUUUUGGUUGUCUGUCAUAACUCUGCUGUGAGGGGUUGGGGGUGCCACUGGCAUUUAGUGGAUAGAGGCCACGUGUGCUUCUAAACAUCCUGAAUGCACAAGACCAUCCCCACUGCAGCAAAGAAUUUUCUGGCCCCCAAUGUCAGUAACAGUUUCUUACCACUGUUAAGAAACCUUGGUUUAAACUCAGUUUUGUAUGUGACUUAGCUCAGUUUGAAACAAAUAGCCCCUUUCAUUGUGUGUAACUUUAUAAAGUCUCCGGGUGCUUGGGCACGCAGUGGCCAGAGGUCCCAUAGUACACACCGCGGUGUGCUCAGUGGACAGAAGAAAAAUUCUAGCCAAUCAAAUGGCCGUGUUGUCUAUUUAAUGAUAGGUCUGUCUGACUCUCCUUUUGGUUGCCACAAUCAAUUAACUGUCCACGUAAGUCAGCUUCCUCUAAGCUUGAGGACUUGUUGCUUGUCAUUCCAGUGCUGAAUUCUUCCACCAGCAGGAUAAAAUGAAUGCUUUUUCAACUUCCAAGAAAACCACCUAUGAGCUAUCUUAUAGCCACUGAGUGAUACUAAUAGAAAUUUUGAAAGCCUAAAGAAACAGUUCAGAAAGAGCCUCCUUACACGUUAUUUCAGUCUGCGGAGCUGUCUCAACACCCUUGCUCAUCUCGGCUUUAUCCCUAAUACCCCUUAUCCCAGUCCCCCGUCUGGACUGGGGACAUGUGACCUGCGUCCUUGAAACAAGCAGAGUCAUCUGCGGUCAGCAUACAAGAUCUGCGACCAGAUCAGUGAUGCCGUGCUGGAUGCCCAUCUGAGGCAGGACCCCAAUGCCAAGGUGGCCUGUGAGACGGUGUGUAAGACGGGCAUGGUGCUACUCUGCGGAGAGAUCACCUCCACGGCCACAGUGGACUACCAGCGGGUGGUGAGAAGCACGAUCAGGCACAUCGGCUACGACGACUCCGCCAAGGGCUUUGACUUCAAGACCUGCAAUGUGCUGGUAGCUCUGGAGCAGCAGUCCCCGGAUAUUGCCCAGUGUGUACAUUUGGACAGAAACGAAGAAGACGUCGGGGCCGGAGACCAGGGUCUGAUGUUCGGCUAUGCCACCGACGAGACAGAAGAGUGUAUGCCCCUCACUAUUAUCCUUGCCCACAAACUCAAUGCCCGAAUGGCGGAACUCAGACGCUCCGGGGUCCUCCCCUGGCUGAGGCCUGACUCCAAGACCCAGGUGACAGUUCAGUACAUACAGGACAACGGCGCGGUCAUCCCCGUGCGCAUCCACACCAUCGUCAUCUCCGUGCAGCACAAUGAAGACAUAACGCUGGAGGACAUGCGCCAGGCCCUGAAGGAGCAGGUGAUCGAGGCCGUGGUGCCAGCCAAAUACCUGGACGAAGACACCGUUUACCACCUGCAGCCCAGCGGGCGGUUUGUCAUCGGAGGUCCCCAGGGGGAUGCGGGCGUCACUGGCCGUAAAAUUAUCGUGGACACCUAUGGCGGUUGGGGGGCGCACGGUGGAGGGGCCUUCUCCGGAAAGGACUACACCAAGGUGGACCGCUCGGCAGCUUAUGCUGCCCGCUGGGUGGCCAAGUCCCUGGUGAAAGCGGGACUCUGCCGGAGAGUGCUCGUGCAGGUUUCCUACGCCAUCGGUGUGGCUGAGCCACUGUCCAUUUCCAUCUUCACCUAUGGAACCUCUCAGAAGACAGAGAGAGAGCUGCUAGAUGUGGUCAACAAGAAUUUUGACCUUCGGCCCGGGGUCAUCGUCAGGGACUUGGAUUUGAAGAAGCCCAUCUACCAGAAGACAGCGUGCUACGGCCAUUUUGGAAGAAACGAGUUCCCAUGGGAAAUUCCCAAGAAGCUCGUGUUUUAGAGCUGGUGGGCGCAGGGCCUGCCUCGCCCUGAAAGCUUCUGGAUUGGCACCUCUUGUCCAGGACCCCAACUCUCAGAUGUCCCAGACCCAGGGCCCUGAUUGCUCCCCCCCCCGCCACUGCAGGGAGUGCCUUCCCCACCCACUGCCCCCUCCUGGACCAAGCUGCACCCCUAGGGCUAGCCCUGUGCUGUCGUCACUGUGAAUGGCAGGGGGCUUGCUGGUGCCUGGGGUCAGACCUCCUCAUGGCGGUAGUCACGCUAUCCCCCUGCUUUUCCCUCAGACUGAGGCGACGUUAAUUUAGUGGAAAAACCACCCCUGUGAAGAGUAAAUCCCCCCACGCCUCCCCCAUGGCUGGUCCCCUCCUCCCUCACAGAUCUCAGGGAUCCUGGGUGUGCUGGCUGUGCCCUUCCCAUCUGUGGCCUGUGCCCUGAGCCAAGGGCCUUCACGGAGGCAUCUCAGGCUAGGCAUCCGGCGGGGACAGGAACAGGGGCUGACACCUGCUGAGCAGCUAUGGUGUUCGAGGGCCCGAGCCAAUUACCGACCUCGUUUCUUCUUCACUGCAACACGGUGAGGUGACACCUCAUUCCCACUUUCCAUAUGGGGAAACUGAGUCGCAGACCGCCUAGGUAACUUUCCCAAGGUCCUACAGCCACAUGUGUCAGGACCCACACGUGAUCCAGGGGCUUUGACUCGGGAGCCCGUACGCAGCCCCCAACCCUGUUCCCAUCUCAUGCCGGACGGAGGCUUGAGCAAUGACCAGCAGCUCUGUGGCCUCUGUCCUGAAGACCUGAGCUUGCUGCUCACCUCUUGGUGAGCCCUGGGCAGGGAUAUGCGAAGUCAGGACAGAGAAGCAGCUUGUCCCAGCUCAGGUGGCCAGCCCCUUAGAUGGGUCCGGAACCCCGUAGCUUCCAGCCCUUCUCUCUUUGGCCUCUUGGUCUGAAUGCUGUUGGAGUAAGUGUGUGAGCCCCUCAGACGCCCCUUCCAGAGAGGCCACUCGUAAGGGCCGAAUAUCUAAUGUUAAGUAGUGACCCAGGUGGCGGAGCUGAACUCCUAGCGGUAGACAAGUUGGCUGAGGUGUGUCAUGAGGAGAUUCUGCCUUUGCCAGGUGGCUCCCGGGGCACAGCACUCAAGGGGCCUGAGUGGUCCUCGGAAGGUCUUGGAAGGGCUAUGGUCUUGGAAGCUGCACGUUCACCUGCCUUUCCGUCCCUGGCCAGCCCUGCCUCCCCCACCUGUCAGCCUGGGCCGCUGACAGCAGUGUCUCUGCCUUCUCCCUAGCUGCCCAGACCACAGGCUCACGUAGGGGCCCCCAAGGGUCCCAUAGAGCACUGAGGCUUGGGCUCUGGUCCAGGGUCCAUGGCGCUGGUUCUGGCUGAACCAGGCAGCCCAAGAACCCUCAUCUGGGGAGCAGACGGCCUGCAUCUGGGCUCCAGGCCUGACGCACAAAGACCCCAAGCUUUUCUCCUUACGUCAGGGAAAAGGCAGCUCUUCAGGGGAGAAAAAGAAGGCCGAUUUACCACAGAAACCUAGAGCUUGUGUCCGCUCCCAGCAAGUCUCAAGCUCCCUCCAGGAGAGGGAGGCACAAGCUUGCAGGCGGUCAAUGCCUCCCACUCAAGCCCUAUUCACAGUGAAAAUUCAGAAUUGCAUGGUUGCCCCUCCCCCCCUGGAGAUAAAAGAUCUUUUUUUGGACAUUGUUGAUAUGAAACUCGAACCUUUAUGUGUUAAUAGUUCCUGCUGGGACAGUGAAUAAACAACUACUCUGUGCUCGG